UUCGUUGCACCCCUCCCCACUCGGCCGGUGUCUCGACGCCAGAAGCCCAUCUCGAAUCGCCCAGUCCUAGCCUGAUUUCACCGCGAAAAUGCGUGCGCAAAGUCCGUCAUACAGCUUGUUAAUCGCGCUCGCCGCGCUUACCAGCGUAUGCUCGGCGGACCAGGCCACAAAAACGAGCACAACAUCCACGUCUGUCGUGACCCCGUGCGUCGCAACCUCCACCAACGGCGCCUUCUUCGAUCUGCGACCCGACACAGCAGUAGCUGUCGCCGAAGGGGAGAAGACGCCAAAGAACGUGCCGACCGAAGACUACAUCGCCCGGGGCUGGGACUACGGGUCAAAUUUCACCCUCAACAUCUGCAACCCUGUGGUAAAGAAGGUCAAGGAUGUCGUGGGGGUCGACAAAGCGCUGUGGGGGAAUGUGAGCGCGUAUUACGAGUCCAAGGGGAAGGUCUAUUCUCUAGGCCAACAAUCAGGAGAGCUCGUCCCGCGGGGCCGCAAGCUCGUUCUCCAGUACACCGGGGGUUCGCCAUGCGAGUCCUCCGACAAGACAAAGGACAAGCGCGUUGCAAGCGUGCACGAUGGUGCGAGAUACAGGUUCGCUGAGUACGACGACGAGGACGACCGGGAAUGGGUACCGAAACGAGAGGAGGACGACGACGACGAGGAGGAUGAUAAAAAGGACAAGGAGAAGGACAAGGAGAAAGACAAGGAGAAAGACAAAGACAAGGACAAGCCCCAAGACGCCAAGCGCCGCAAGUCGGCCACCAUAUCUUUCCUCUGCGACCACGACCCGGACACGCCGACGGCCUUCUCCUUCGUCGGCGUGGACCCGGACGAGUGCGCCUACUUCUUCGAGGUGCGCUCGCAGCACGCCUGCGCGGGCGCCGAGCCCCACAAGCCGGGCAGCGUCGGGCCGGGCAGCGUCUUCGCCAUCAUCUUCUUCAUCACCGUGCUGGUGUACGUGGCCGGCGGCGUCUUCUACCAGCGCACCGUCGCGCACGCCCGCGGCUGGCGCCAGCUGCCCAACUACAGCCUGUGGGCGGGCAUCUGGGGCUUCGUCAAGGAUCUGUUUAUUAUCCUCACGUCGUCCUGCGCCCGCAUGAUUCCCCGCCGGAGAGGUUACCACACGCUCUCGGGCUCCCCUCGGGGGAGGCGCAGGAGCCGGGAUGAUGAAAACAGGCUGAUCGACCAGCUGGAUGAGGAAUGGGACGACGAUGGGUUGUGAAAGAGCGCUGGUUCUUGGAGAUGAAUGCUGUAUUUCCGUUUCUUAUUCUGUGUUAGCAUUGAAUGCUUCGGCUUCUCGGAAUUUCUUUU